AUAGUUACACAAGGAUGUUCGUUAGAACCUGACCACACCGCUCAAGCGACGACUUGAAAAUAAAAUUAUGCUCAUGUAUUCGGCUGAGACAAUGGAAAAUGGCAUUAUGAGAUGUUGACUUUAUUUCCUGCUCAGAACUGUUCUAGCUAAAUUGGGAUCAUGAACAGCACAGAUCAACUGAUACAAAAUGUGAUUGACACUAUUGACAACGCUCAUAGCCAAAAACUUCAACUUGAUCAGCAAAGCUUGAGCUUGUCACAAGCUAAACAGCAGGUCGAGGACAGUGCUAACAAUGCCCGUAGUGCGGUUCACAAGCACCUGGAGGCCCUGCAAACGUCAUUAUGCCAGUCUCUGGGCCGCAUAGAGGUGCAACUGAUUGAGGAAAUAGAGCAGCUGCGCAGCUCCAACCUGGAACCUCUCCUGCAGUGUGAGGAUGUCAUCCACCAGGCAUUGACAGCUGCCACUGCCUGCAUGGAACAAGGUAAAGCCGUUCUUGCCAGUGGACCAGAAGACCAUGUGGAUGAUUUGCUCAAGUUUAAAGAUUUCUGUCUAACAAAGGAUCUCAAUUGUGUUCCAGAGGUUCCCAGUCUUCAUGAAGUUGCUUACAUUGACAUGGUGUACAACCCUGAUAGCCUCACAGAGCUGGAGGAAGUGCUGUCCCGGGCGGUUCACGUUACAGAUCUGCAACCCGUGCACAUCACCGAGAUUGUGGAGCGGCCUGGCUCCCUGCUUGUCAGCUGGGAACUGGCUAGUCAUGAGGAAGAUCUGGAAGUGUCAGAGUAUCAGCUGCAGUACUGCUACGGGGCGGUAAACGCCAUCGAGGCUGACAAGGCUACAUUCCACUCUGCAUACAUGGGACCACAAUCCUCCUUCCUGGUGAGAAAGCUACGCGCCAAUACUCCGUACUCAUUCCGAGUGUGCUGUCGUGUAGAGGGAGAGACAUAUGCAAGUGUUUGGAGUGUUCCAAGAGUUGCUGCUACUAGCAUAACUCACUAUGAAUGGGACGGGACCACUGAGGGCUAUUCCACGAGUAACGAGAACAAAAUGGGCACUAGAACGACAGGUCUGACCAGGGUCCUCUACUCCAACUACCAGUGCCUGCAUGCAGGCUUCCCAAUCACGUUCCGGAUACUGGACGCUGGUGAGCGGUCACCACUGGAUGGGCUUGGGAUCGUGGUCACUAACGAGGACAGUGAGACCAUGAAGAGAGAGGGGGCCGUCUUCCUGGCCUGUGAUGGGACAGUGUUCAUUGAUGGUCAAGAAAUGAAAACGAGGCUGCCUAGUCUAGCAAGAAACUCCUGCGUGACAAUACAAACAGAGACGUUGGCCAACUGGAAAGUACGAGUCAGUAUCCAGGUGGGAGAGAAGGAGCUUACAUUUGAUUGGAAGGUGGACAAACAGGUCACCCUGGGGAUGAUAGGGGGUUUGGGGAUGACUCCGUUAAUGCAGGACUCCCCCGGGUUUUUCUUUGGCAUGAUUUUUAGCCAUGAAGACUGGAAAGUGAGUGUGGAGUAGUGCAGAAACGUUUGCGAGAGGAUUAUUUUUGUUGAGUAUUUUGAUUUAAAGGAUUUAUUGUCCGAGGGAUAACGCAGACUGUAUGCAUAUUUUUUUUUAAUGAUAAUUUAGAACAUAUUCAAUAUUAUUUGCUCAUGGCAUUCAUUGGAAAGAAAUGUCCCAUCCUUGCUUGUUAGACAAGCAGCUUAUAUUUACAUGUAUCAUGCAUUUUACUUUUGAUAUUAUUGUGUAACUGUAUUCAGUAACUGAUUUGGCUAUUGUUUAAUUGGUUGCAAAACAAAAAAAGUAGAAUGACGUGUUCAUGUUGUGCCAGUAUUCUGUUACUUGUAAUUAGCUUUUGACAAAUGCAUAAGUGCUUACACAAUUUGUUGUAUAUCAAAGUCAUAAAUAUAAUUUACAUGUAUGUCGUUUAAUGUCCAAUUACAUGUAACAUCUACAAAUGAAUUCAAAAUUAAUUAUUUGUCAUUACCUUUAGAAAUCAAAACACUAUAAUUAUCACAGAGAAUAAUAAAUUUGUAAAUAAAAAGCUUGCUUUUAUUUGUUAUAUGUUUGCAAUUGUUGCAACCACCUAUGCCAUCAGUGUAUAUCUUUGCAUGAAUGUGUAUUCAAAUGGUAUGUGAAUGUGUUGCAUAUUUUUGCUUUGUUGUCAACUGUGUUUUGUCCUAGUCACACUGUUUGUUUUUUUGGAAUUUCCAGUUGUUGUGAAUGCUUAAGUAGCUAUAAACACAAGUGCCAAUAUUUUAGCAUAUGCAUUUAUAUUUGAUUAUGUUGAUCUGAUAUUUUUAUAAUUUUGCCAAUUGGAAAAUAAAUGUAUCCAAAAGUU